GCCUGCAUUUUUAACGAACUUUUCCUCUUAGAAUUUUUCAUUCCUCAAUUUUAUUUCUAUACUUUCAUCUUUAGCAUUCUUCUAGAAAACAUCUUAAAUAUUACUAUUGUUCCUCUUGUUCUGUUCAGAUGGCAGACAGCAACAACAAGAGCGGUCAUCUGUCUCGAGAUGAGUCAUCAACUGCACUUUUGCUCAGCGAAAUCAACAGUGCACGUUCCAUCAGCUCGGCCGAUGUUAACAGCAACGCUCAGCAAUCGACGACACGUAGCUGGAGCCCGCGCCGGGUUUUGUGUAUGAGUGCCGCUGCAAUUUUAAUAUCCGCAUUUAUUGGUGGGUUCUACGCCCUGGCUUUGGUUCACGGAGAUGAUGGGACACACUCGGCGCUCAUAACAGCCAAGCAUGGGGCGGUUGCCACCGAUGAGCCGCGCUGCUCUGCGAUCGGAGUGGACGUCUUGCGCGACGGUGGGAAUGCUGUGGACGCGGCAGUUGCUAGCACUCUGUGCAUUGGCGUGCUGCAGGCACAUUCUUCAGGAAUUGGAGGUGGCGGUUUUAUGCUUAUACGGCACCCGGGAGGCAAAAAGCCGCCGGUGCUCAUUGAUUUCAGGGAAACUGCUGGAAGCGCUGCCACUGAAGACAUGUUCAUCAGCGACAUUACCCUAGCCCAGAUUGGUGGGUUGGCAAUUGGCGUUCCCGGGGAGAUAGCUGGGCUGCACAGUGCGCACAGCCGCUUUGGUCGGCUUCCGUGGCACCGCCUGUUUGAGCCAUCAAUCAAACUAGCCAAAGAUGGCUACCCGCUGAGCACCAUAGUAUACGGCCAAUUGAAGCGGAUGGAACAGCAUAUUCUGAACUCGCCAGGAUUCAACACGACAUAUACUGACGGUAACGGACAUUUACUGAACCCGGGAGAUAUUGUUCGCCGUCCUCAGCUUGCCGACACACUCGAGGAGAUUGCCACUCAUGGCGCCAAGGCAUUCUACUCGGGCCGCAUUGCCGACAGCAUUGUGCGCACUGUCCAGGAAAAUGGUGGCAUUUUGACGGCCCAGGACCUUGCGGGCUACCAAACCACCGACCGCCAACCAAUCGAGACCUUUUAUCACGGGCGCCGGGUUAUCACUGGCUCGCCGCCGACGAGUGGCUCCAUCCUCCUCAACAUGCUCAAUAUUGUCGAGGGAUACUCCCUUUCUAUGGACGGGAUGACUGCUGUAAACUACCAUCGAAUCGUCGAGGCGAUGAAGUUUGGCGCUGCUCAGCGCACCACCCUAGGUGACCCAUCGUUCGUCAAUAUUGAGGCAAAGGUAGGCAAGCAGAUUAGCAAGUACUUUGCCAGUGAGAUCCGUGCAAACAUAUCAGACACCCGCACAUUCGGCGUCGAUCACUACGACCCCAAAUACGACAUUCUGAUUAACCAUGGCACUACCCAUUUGUCAGUUCUCGACGAAGACGACAUGGCAGUCGCACUGACAUCAACAGUCAACCUGGAAUUUGGCUCGCGUGUAAUGGAUCCCAUCACCGGUAUUAUUUUGAACGAUCAGAUGGACGAUUUCAGCACAACAAACCAAACCAACGGCUUUGGUCUGCGCCCAUCUCCUUACAACAAGAUUGUGCCUGGAAAGCGCCCGCUGUCUUCAACCUCGGCAACCAUUAUUGAGAGGGACGGCCGCGUCGAACUUGUUGUGGGCGGCAGUGGCGGCAGCCGUAUUCUUACGUCCGUUCUUCAGGUAAUAAUUAACGUUUUGGACUUUGGCAUGCGCCUCGACCAAGCUGUUGAUAUGCCGCGCCUUCAUCACCAGCUGCUGCCUCACGAGCUAGGAGUUGACCCAUUAUUCCCCAGCUGCCUGACACACGAGCUGUCCGGCUUUGGUCACCAAGUCACACCCUUAAAGCACGGGAGCUCUGUUGUCCAGGCUGUCCAGAGAUCUGCAGUGGACGGCACGAUAUUCGCGGUCAGCGAUGCACGAAAGCAUGGCAUGGCAGCUGGGUUCUAGAAGAAACGCUCAUUUAUCUUGACUUUGUUUCAUGUACUCUCCAAAAAGAUGCAGCAUUUUGUCAAAUAUAUAUUGGAUUUGAAGCCAGUAGAUAAAGUCGGGUGCAUAUUGGCGCUACUUUGUUGCGUGCAGAAUAAAAAGUAACUUUGUGAAUUUCAAAUAAUUCAAAUAAGCGCCG